AUUUAAUUUAAUAAAUAAUUGAAAUUUAUCUUUUAAUGAUUUUUAAAUACUUAUAUGCAGCACAUGGUGUUCAGUAAUCCUGAUGAAUGAUAGAUUAUCAAAAAAACUUCAUUGAUUAUUGAUUAAAAUAAAAAAAAAACUCCCAUUCAGCGGCUAAAAUUGCAACGUUCUUUUUUCAUAUUUUUUUGAGAAAAGACUAUUUCUUUUUGCAGUUUUAUCAGCUAAGUACGUUAGUUGAUGCUUGAUAUUUAUUCUUAAUACGCGCGAAGUUAUAGAGAAAGAUUGAUUCUUGGAUUAAUGGGUCAAUAAAAGAAGUGAUAUCUUUCAGUUGUUUCUAUUUUGGGUUGUGUAGACUAUCAAACUAUGGAAGUGGGUUUGGCAGUACAGAAACCCGUCAGUUGUAGUCGGGCUGUUUUUCACCAGAGAACCCUUUUCAAUAUCAAGCCAUUUCUCGGGUCUUUUCCUCAUGUUAAAUCUAGCAACUUUUCAUGUUUUCAUCUUACUUCAUGGGGCAACAAAUACCCAACAAGUGGAGUUUCACUCAUUGUUGCUGCUGCUGCAGAUUUUUCUAAGAGGAGACGGAGAAAAAUGUCAACGGCAAAGUCUAGAGGUCCUGCUCCAGAAGGAUUCACACUGAAAACUCCUGCAGGAACAAGCACCCAGAAGAGAAAUUUACAGAACAAUGGAGAUAAAGAGGAUUCAGUAACUCUCACUUCUAGUGAGAUUGUGGGUACCAACAAGAAAACACCUGAAACUAAAGAUCACAUAGAUGAAGAACAAGAAUUCGAACUUACUGUGGAUAAGAAGGUUAUUGAAGAAAAGGUAACAGAAGAUGUACCGUUGUCCCUUGCUAAAAGCAAUCAAGCCAUGGAAAAUGGAAGUGUUGGUAAUGUUGGGAAUGUGAAUAUGUCAGCUGAUGAAAUUGCUAGAGAGGAAAGACAGUUUGACAAUUUAAAGAGUGAUCGCUUUGUAAAAGAGGAAGGUUUUGGGACUGAUGACAAAGAAAUUGAAGACACUUCUCUAAAAUUAAAGUUGGAAAUGGAAGAAAAACGGAAACAAGAAAUUGAGGGUCUAGCUGAGUAUAGUUUCUCAAGGGGUAACAAAUUAUUUAUUUAUCCCCUGGUUGUGAAACCUGAUCAAGACAUAGAAGUAUACCUUAAUAGGAGUCUAUCCACACUGAAUAAUGAACCAGACGUUUUUAUUAUGGGAGCCUUCAAUGACUGGAGAUGGAAAUCUUUUACAAUAAGGUUGAACAAGACACAUCUAAAAGGGGAUUGGUGGUCUUGCCAGGUUCAUGUUCCGAAAGAAGCAUAUAAAAUGGAUUUUGUGUUUUUCAAUGGGAAAAAUGUCUAUGACAAUAAUGACAAAAAGGACUUCUGCACAGCUGUGGAAGGUGGAAUGGAUGCAUUAGCAUUUGAUGAUUUCUUGCUUGAGGAAAAGCGAAGGGAGCUAGACAAACUUGCAAAGGAGCAAGCUGAGAGGGAAAGACAAGCAGAAGACCAGAGGCAAAGAGAAGUGGAGAAGGCUGCAAGUGAAGCUGAUAAAGCACAUGCAAAGGUAGAAAUUGAAAAGAGGCGAGAAAUAUUGCAUCAGUCGAUGAAAAAAGCUUCAAGUCCUAUUGAUAAUGUGUGGUAUAUUAGGCCUACUGAGUUUAAAGGUGAGGACCUGGUCCGAUUAUAUUAUAACAAAAGUUCAGGUCCUCUUGCCCAUGCCAAGGACAUCUGGAUUCAUGGGGGAUGUAAUAACUGGAGUGAUGGGUUGUCAAUUGUUGAAAAGCUCAUUUGCUCUGAGAGAAAGGAUGGUGAAUGGUGGUAUGCUAAGGUUCUUGUACCAGAUAGAGCCAUCAUCUUGGAUUGGGUCUUCGCUGAUGGUCCACCUCAGAGUGCUAUCGUGUAUGAUAACAAUCAGCGCCAAGAUUUCCAUGCAAUUGUGCCAAAAUCCGUUCCUACAGAAUUGUUUUGGGUUGAGGAAGAGCACCGUAUAUAUAGGAAACUACAGGAAGAAAGGAGGCUAAGAGAGGAGGCAAUACGCGCCAAGGCUGAAAAAACAGCACAUAUGAAAGCUGAAAGAAAGGAGAGAACUUUGAAAAGGUUUCUGCUGUCUCAGAAGCAUAUAGUUUAUACUGACCCUCUUGAUGUUCAGGCAGGAAAAGAUGCGACAGUUUUUUACAAUCCUGCUAACACAGUUCUCAAUGGUAAAUCUGAAGUUUGGUUCAGAGGUUCAUUUAAUCGUUGGACUCACCGGAAUGGUCCAUUGCCACCUCUGAAAAUGGUAUCCGCAGAUAAUGGUUCUCAUGUCAAAGCUACUGUCAAGGUUCCAUUAGAUGCAUACAUGAUGGAUUUUGUAUUCUCGGAGAAGGAAGAAGGUGGAACUUUUGACAAUAAAGAUGGCGUGGACUACCAUGUACCUGUGUUUGGGGGGAUCGCGAAGGAGCCACCAAUGCAUAUUGUGCAUGUUGCUGUUGAAAUGGCCCCAAUUGCAAAGGUUGGAGGACUUGGUGAUGUUGUGACUAGUCUCUCACGUGCUGUCCAAGAUUUAAAUCAUAGUGUGGACAUCAUUCUUCCCAAGUAUGACUGCAUGAACCUUACCCAUGUGAAGGACAUUCAUUAUCAGAAAAGCUAUUCCUGGGGUGGUACAGAAAUAAAAGUAUGGUUCGGAAAGGUGGAAGGUCUUUCUGUCUACUUUCUGGAGCCUCAAAAUGGGAUGUUUUGGACUGGUUGCAUAUAUGGCUGCCGCAAUGAUGGGGAGAGAUUUGGUUUCUUUUGUCAUGCAGCUCUUGAGUUCUUACAACAAAGUGGAUUUCAUCCUGACAUUAUCCACUGUCACGAUUGGUCUAGUGCUCCAGUUGCAUGGCUUUUUAAAGACCACUACAUGCACUAUGGUCUUAGCAAAGCUCGGGUUGUCUUUACGAUUCAUAACCUUGAAUUUGGGGCAAACAACAUUGGCAGAGCUAUGGCAUACUCUGACAUGGCUACAACUGUAUCCCCCACAUAUUCAAGGGAGGUUGCUGGAAAUUCUGCAAUAGCUCCUCAUCUUCACAAAUUCCAUGGUAUACUGAAUGGAAUUGACCCAGACAUAUGGGAUCCUUAUAACGAUAAGUUCAUUCCUGUAGCUUAUACAUCUGAGAAUGUUGUCGAAGGGAAAAGAGCUGCAAAGGAGGCUUUGCAGCAAAGGCUUGGUUUAAAGAAAGCUGAUCUGCCUUUAAUUGGGAUUAUUACUCGCCUGACACAUCAGAAAGGAAUCCAUCUCAUCAAGCAUGCAAUUUGGCGAACCUUAGAUCGCAAUGGACAAGUCGUAUUGCUUGGUUCUGCUCCAGAUCCUCGGAUUCAGAAUGAUUUUGUGAACUUGGCCAACCAAUUGCAUUCUUCUCAUGCUGACCGUGCUCGCCUUUGUUUGACUUAUGAUGAGCCACUCUCGCACUUGAUAUAUGCAGGUGCUGAUUUCAUUCUAGUCCCAUCAAUUUUUGAGCCAUGCGGACUGACGCAACUUACUGCUAUGAGAUAUGGUUCAAUACCUGUUGUUCGAAAAACUGGAGGACUUUAUGAUACUGUAUUUGAUGUUGAUCAUGAUAAAGAGAGAGCACAAGCACAAGGUCUUGAACCUAAUGGAUUUAGUUUUGAUGGAGCUGAUGCUGCUGGCACUGAUUAUGCUUUGAAUAGGGCAAUUUCUGCAUGGUAUGAUGGACGGGGGUGGUUUAACUCAUUAUGCAAAACGGUGAUGCAGCAAGACUGGUCUUGGAAUAAACCUGCUCUUGAUUACAUGGAGCUUUACCAUGCGGCACGCAAGUGAAAAGAAGAAAUUUAGUUAGGCCCAAAAAGAGUGACAUGCUGCUCAAUCCUGCACCAUAAUCUAUCUGUACAGGUUUAGUGCCUAGUUUAACUUCCUCUUCUUCUUCUUUCUUUUUUCUCCUUUCAUUAAACAGCUUAGCCAUUGCACAUAAAUUGUCGAACGAAAAUAAAUUGAGGUGACAACUUUUAGAGCUUGACAUGGCUCAUCCAUUUUUAUGUUUUACUGCAGAAAAGCAGAGAAAAUUUUGAAUUUUGUUAUAUGAAGCUGAACUGGUUUUCAUGUCA